GCCGCCAGCCAGGGGAAGAGGAGAGAUUGCCAUAGCGGCGUGCGUAACGGUCAUCGCCCAUCUUCUUCUUCUCUCGCCAUCGCUACAGUUUGCGAGAAAUCGUCGUCGACGCGCAGGCUAGCGCCAUAGCCGUCGCGCUUCCGUACAUCGUAGGGAGCUACUUGGGCGCAAGCACGCGCACGGGCGCUCAGAGGCGCGCACGAGAGAGAGAAAGAGAGAGAGAGGGAGAGAGAGGUAGAGAGAGGAGGUUUGUGAAGGUGACUGGCUGGAAACCAAGUGGCGUGUAUAUCAGCCGCCAUGCAGGCCACUGCAGCUGCCGGGGCCUUUGCCCAGCGGCUUGCUGUUGGGAAGGGAUUCAAACCGCUGACGUGUGCGUCGGGAUCGCAGAGGCCAACGACGACAUGCAGAGGAGUUGCUCCUACAGGUUCAUCUCUGGAGUCCACUGCAACUCCAACAGGGACAUUUGAGGGUCUGCGAAGGCUCAACGUUGCUGUUGAUGGAGCCAAUGCGCGUUCGUCCGACACUCUCAGCCUCACAUCCCAAGUGCCCAAGAAUGGAACCGGAAACAGAAGGGCAACAACCAUGAUCAUGGGAAAUGGUCUGUUCACACAGACCCGUCCUGACGUCAGAAGGAUAAUCCCAGAUAACACGAGAGGGCGACCGGUCGUAAAGGUGGUGUACGUGGUCCUUGAGGCACAGUACCAAUCUGCCCUGUCUGCAGCGGUCCGAAACAUUGACAAGAACCGAAGCGAUAUCGCAGUCGAGGUUGUGGGGUACCUAGUGGAGGAACUUCGGGAUAAGGACAAUUACGAGAUGUUUAAGCGUGACCUGAGCGACGCCAACAUUUUCAUUGGAUCUCUCAUCUUCAUCGAGGAGCUGGCAACGAAAGUCAAAGCUGCAGUCGAGGCCGAAAGGGACAGGCUUGAUGCCGUUCUGGUCUUCCCGUCCAUGCCGGAAGUUAUGCGGCUCAACAAGCUUGGAACUUUCUCCAUGGCCCAGCUUGGACAGAGCAAGAGUGCCAUCGCACAAUUCAUGAGAAAGAGGAGAAAGGAGGCAGGAUCUGGAUUCGAAGAGGGGAUGCUCAAGCUGAUCCGAACUCUGCCUAAGGUCCUAAAGUACCUUCCUAGUGGAAAAGCUCAGGAUGCGCGAAACUUCAUCAUGUCGCUUCAGUUCUGGCUUGGAGGCUCCCCUGAGAACCUGGAGAAUUUUCUAGUUAUGAUUUCUGGUGCAUAUGUUCCAGAGUUUCAGGGGCAGAGACUUCUCUUCGAGGACCCAGUUGUGUUCCUGGACACGGGCAUAUGGCACCCUCUGGCCCCUUGCAUGUACGAUGACGUCAAGGAGUAUCUUAACUGGUACGGUGCUCGCCGUGACAUCAAUCCUGAGCUGAAGAACCCAAACGCUCCUGUGGUCGGCAUCAUCUUACAGCGAAGCCAUCUGGUUACGGGGGAUGACGGGCACUAUUCUGCCGUGGUCAUGGAGCUGGAAGCACGUGGUGCAAGGGUGGUGCCCAUUUUUGCUGGCGGCCUUGACUUUUCUGGCCCUGUGGGACGGUUUUUCUACAACCCGUUGACCGGGAAACCUCUUGUGGACUCUGUCGUCUCGUUGACUGGCUUUGCCCUGGUUGGCGGGCCUGCCAGCCAGGACCAUCCGAAGGCUGUUGAGGCGCUCAUGCAACUUGAUGUCCCGUACUUAGUCGCUCUGCCACUUGUCUUCCAGACUACCGAAGAAUGGGUCGAGAGCACACUCGGUCUCCAUCCUGUCCAAGUUGCACUGCAGGUUGCUCUUCCGGAGUUGGAUGGAGGGUUGGAACCCAUCGUCUUCUCAGGAAGAGAUAGCAACACGGGAAGGUCCCAUGCCCUCUACGACAGAGUGGAGCAGCUCUGCACACGAGCCGUCAAGUGGGCACAGCUCAGGAAGAAGCCUAAGGCAGAGAAGAAGUUGGCCAUCACAGUCUUCAGCUUUCCCCCUGACAAGGGUAAUGUUGGUACAGCAGCCUACUUGAACGUCUUCUCCUCGAUCUACAGCGUGCUGGUGGAUUUGAAGAGGGAUGGGUACAAUGUGGGAGAUCUCCCAGAGAGCUCAGAGGCCUUGAUAGAGGAAGUACUGCAUGACAAGGAGGCGAAGUAUUCCAGCCCGGACCUGAACAUCGCCUACCGCAUGAGUGUGAGGGAGUACAAGAAGCUGACACCUUACGCCGAAGCGUUGGAGGAGAACUGGGGCAAACCGCCUGGCAAGCUCAACUCCGACGGUCAGAACCUUCUUGUCUAUGGCAAAGAGUUUGGGAAUGUGUUUAUCGGAGUGCAGCCCACCUUUGGAUAUGAGGGGGAUCCUAUGCGUCUCCUCUUCUCUCAAUCGGCUAGCCCUCACCAUGGGUUUGCCGCCUACUACACCUUUUUGGAGAAGAUUUUCAAGGCUGAUGCUGUCCUCCACUUUGGCACUCAUGGCUCGCUCGAGUUCAUGCCUGGCAAACAGGUCGGCAUGUCGGACGCCUGCUACCCGGACAGUCUGAUCGGCAACAUUCCUAAUGUGUACUACUACGCUGCCAACAACCCUUCUGAGGCCACAGUUGCGAAGCGCCGCAGCUAUGCGAACACAAUCAGCUACUUGACCCCUCCUGCUGAGAAUGCUGGCCUGUACAAGGGGCUCAAGCAGUUGAGCGAGCUCAUUGCCUCCUAUCAGACUCUGAAGGACAGUGGCCGAGGAAAGGCCAUUGUCAGCAGCAUUAUCAGUACAGCCAAGCAGUGCAACCUUGACAAAGACGUUCCCUUGCCUGGUGAGGAGGAUGAGCUGAGCGCAGAAGAGAGGGAUACUGUGGUGGGGAAGGUUUAUGGCAAGCUGAUGGAGAUCGAGUCCCGUCUCCUUCCAUGCGGACUGCAUGUAAUUGGAGAACCACCUACUUCCCAGGAAGCCAUAGCCACUCUUGUCAACAUUGCAGCCAUUGACCGCCCUGAGGAUGACAUCUAUGGUCUGCCUGGCAUUCUCGCUCAGUCCAUUGGUCGGGACAUCGAGGAAGUGUACAGAAACAGUGACAAGGGAGUGCUGGCUGAUGUGAUGCUCCUGAACGACAUCACCAUGGCUAGCCGCACAGCUAUCACGGCCUUUGUGGAUGAGACAACAAAUGCAUCGGGCAGAGUUGUGGGCGUCACCGAGAAGAUAGGGGCCCUCUUUGGUGCAGCUAAGCGUGCCCCUUGGGUGGAGGCCCUCGCAUCCACCCAAUUCCGGAACGCGGAUAGAACGAAGAUGAGGACCCUCUUCGAGUUCCUUGGCUUCUGUCUAAAACAGGUGGUGAUGGAUAACGAGCUUGGCGGACUUCGGCAGGCCUUGGAAGGGCGCUAUGUGGAACCUGGUCCGGGAGGUGAUCCUAUCAGGAAUCCGAAGGUUUUGCCGACUGGCAAGAACAUCCAUGCUCUGGACCCACAGGCCAUCCCUACAGCCGCAGCGAUCCUUAGUGCAAAGGUCGUCGUCGACCGCCUGCUAGAUCGCCAGAGAUCAGAGAAUGGUGGCAAAUACCCCGAGACGAUUGCUCUUGUGCUCUGGGGCACUGACAACAUCAAGACCUAUGGAGAGUCCCUUGCGCAGGUACUCCUCAUGGUUGGCGUCCGCCCAUUGCCGGACGCCCUUGGAAGGGUGAACAAGAUUGAGCCCAUCCCCCUCGAGGAGCUGGGACGGCCUCGAAUUGAUGUUGUGGUCAACUGUUCUGGUGUCUUCCGCGACCUUUUUAUUAACCAGAUGAACCUUCUGGACCGUGCUGUCAAGAUGGUUGCAGAGCUGGACGAGCCUCUGGAAAUGAACUUUGUCCGCAAGCACGCAUUGGAGCAGGCAGCAGAGCUCAACUUGAGUGUUCGCGACGCGGCCACCCGCAUUUUCUCCAAUGCCUCUGGGUCGUACUCCUCCAAUGUUAAUCUUGCAAUCGAGAACUCGUCCUGGAACGAUGAGAAACAACUCCAAGACAUGUACUUGUCACGAAAAUCCUUCGCUUUUGACAGUGACACCCCAGGCGCAGGCAUGGCUGAGAAAAGGCAGAUCUUUGAGGCCGCCUUAAAGACUGCUGAUGCCACCUUCCAGAACCUUGACUCAUCCGAAAUCAGUCUGACAGACGUUAGCCACUACUUUGACUCCGACCCAACCAAGCUUGUGCAGUCCCUCCGCACUGAUGGUAAGAAGCCAGCUUCGUACAUUGCCGACACUACUACUGCCAAUGCCCAGGUCAGGACACUCAGCGAGACUGUCAGACUGGACGCCCGAACCAAAAUGCUGAACCCCAAGUGGUAUGAAGGAAUGCUUAAAUCUGGGUAUGAAGGUGUGAGGGAGAUAGAGAAGAGAUUGACGAAUACAAUGGGAUGGUCGGCAACAUCAGGGACCGUUGACAACUGGGUGUACGAGGAGGCCAACUCCACUUUCAUCGAGGAUGAAGAGAUGCAGAAGAGGCUGUUGGAAACCAACCCUAACUCGUUCCGCAAGCUCGUGGCCACUUUCUUGGAAGCGAAUGGCAGAGGUUACUGGGAGACAUCAGAGGAAAACCUGGACAGGCUUAGGCAACUGUAUGCCGACGUCGAGGACAGGAUCGAAGGGAUUGACAAAUGAGCCGCUUCAUUACAUUGCAUCAUGGCUCAUUGAGCGUGAAACCUCACAAUAGUGAGCGCAAUGGAAAGGAAUGAAGUAAAGGAGGAAGAAACGGAACAAGAGAGCUGGCAUGGUCUCAGAAGGUUGGGCAUUGUCUAAUAUGCUGCAUUGCAUGUUAUACAACCUGGCCUCACCUCGUCAUGUCUUCCCUCGUAUUUGGGCACUGUGCUCAUUCAAUCAUCAGUGGAUGUUUACGACCAUCCAUGAAGAUCAUUCCCGUUGGCGCUGGACCGACCUUCAUUCUCUCCCUUAUUUCGUCCAGGCAUUCAUUCAUUCAUUAAUUCUAUCAAAGACUGUUGUUUUCUUCACCCUCUCUAGGUCUACUAUGCUUGAGCCUUCUGUCAUUUCUACUGUGUCCUUCCUGUGAACUUUUCUGCACCAGGACUUGCCAUAUAUCUGACUGCAAUUACGGUCAUAUAUUCUUUCCAGAAUAUUCGAAUAUUGCAGACUGUUGUGUGUGUGCGCGCGUAGCAUACGUUCUAUGCUGAACCCCACAAGAAAGGUAAAUGUGGGGAAUACCGCACAUAUUCCUCUCAGAAAGCAAGGAACACAUGUGCACACACACACACAGAGAGAGAGAGAGAGAGAGAGAGAGAGAGAGAGAGAGAGAGAGAGAGAGAGAGAGAGAGAGAGAGAGAGAGAGAGAGAGNGAGAGAGAGAGAGAGAGAGAGAGAGAGAGAGAGAGAGAGAGAGAGAGAGAGAGAGAGAGAGAGAGAGAGAGAGAGAGAUGUAUAGUCCGAGGAACUGGGGUGCGUUAUAGCUCACACGACUUGAAUGCUUCAAGCUUGUAGGAAAUGGACGGGAACAGGUAUAUAUGUGUACAAAGAGUUGUAUGGUGUGUUGAGGUGGAAAUACAGAUACACAGUAUGUUUCUUGGUCAGUUGGUCAGUGAUCCAUCCGUUUCUAUUCAGAGCUGUGCAUUUUCCAUCUCCUUCAGGAUAUGAAUGUGGCUAGAGCGAUCUGUUUUCCCAAGGCGGAUGAUGAUGAUGCCCUGAUGGCUUAACUGAUUAGACUCUGGUGUAGUCAGUGUAUCUCGAACUUCAAGGGCCUUUUCUCAACAGAAAUUGUCAUGUAUCUGACUGCAAUUACGGUCAUAUUGGCUAGAGCGAUGUGUUUUCCUGAUGCGGAUGAUGAUGAUGCCCUGAUGGCUUAACUGACUAGACUCGGAUGCAGUCAGUGUAUCUCUAAGGGCGUUUUCUCACCAGAAAUUGCCAUGUAUCUGGCUGCAAUUACGGUCAUAUUCUUUCCAGAAUAUUUGUAUAUGGCAUAAGUGUAUAGGUGUACAACAUUGAGCGCCUGCAAAGUUGCAAUCAGAUUGGGGCUACGGUUAGUGUAGCGAAAACUGAUAUGGAUGAAGAUGUUGCUGCUUCUUCAACCAUUUUCUGCAAUGCUCCUAAGUUUAGACACAGCUCGUCCACACUACUUUAGAUCGAAACGUUUAGACAGAGCUCGUGACCAUAAAAGAAACACAGGGAAAAGGGUCAGAAAAAACAAGGAAAGGCAACUUUCUUUUCGUGGAAACCGCUUCUCCUGCAGAUCAAUGUGUUUGGCAGUGUGUCAUCAAAGUCCGACACUGGGCUAUUGUUCUCAGAGCUUUGCAUAUUCGUGCU